AUGGCAGCGCUCAAUGUGAAUAUAGGCGUCCUAGGGCACGUCGACAGCGGCAAGACGAGCCUCGUGCGCGCGUUGAGCACGCAACUGUCCACCGCAUCGUUGGACAAAGACCCGCAGAGCCAGCAGCGCGGCAUCACAUUGGACUUGGGCUUCUCCAGCUUCUAUCUUGAACCAUGUGAGGGACCAUCACUCCAAGUCACACUAGUCGACUGUCCCGGCCAUGCAUCUCUUUUCCGAACGAUUUUGGGAGGUGUAGCCAUUAUCGACAUUGUGUUGCUAGUUGUAGACUGUCGCAAAGGUCUCCAAGCGCAGACAAUUGAGAGUUUACUCCUGGCGUCACUAGUGGCACAAAAGAGAGUGAUCGUAGUUCUGACCAAGACGGAUUUGUUGUCUUCUAUAGACUCGGAAAAAUCGGCAGUGAUUGCUGCAGUCACGAGCGAGAUACGAGCAUUUUUGGCUACGUACUUAUAUUUGAAUCAAGAUGUUUCUGUUUCAGUGGUUCCUGUGGCCGUGGGGAACGGGAAAAAGGCCCAAGGGGUCUUUGAACUUCUUGAGGUACUACGGACCAAUUUGAAGGCUCCAGAACGUGAUACUUCUGGGGCUUUUUGUCUCGCAGUAGACCACUGCUUUGCUGUGUCAGGGAGUGGCACAGUGUUAACUGGCACCGUGCUGUCUGGAGCUCUUUCAACGGGUGAUGAGCUAGAAGUAUUGCCAAUUGGAAUAAAAGCCAAAGUGAAGAUGUUGCAGGUGUUCAAACAAGAUGUGGAGAGAUGUGCCCAAGGUGAUCGAGUUGGAGUUUUGGUAAACGGACUGGAUCCGACACUUGUGGAGCGAGCAUUAGCGGUAUCUCCACCCGGAAGCUUGGCUCCAGUUACACAAGUGGUUGUCCCAGUGACACGUGUGCCGUUCUUUCGAGGCGCAGCUUGCAAGAGUGGAGCUAAAUGUCAUGCUACAGUUGGUCUCUCGACUGUGAUUGCUACUGCCACAUUUUUCACGCGACUAGGAGAGCGACGAGAUGGCGAUGGACACGCAAAAGAAGAGUUUAAUCCAUCAGCGCUGUAUGAGUACUUGUCAGAUCUCGAUUUUAAGAACACUAGUUCAGGUAGCGAGAGCAAAAUUGGCAAAGCUCCAGUUUUUGCGUUGCUUCAAUUUGAACGCGCGGUCUUCUGCCCUCCUGCAGCGCUUGUAGUGUGCUCACGCCUUGAUCUCGACGCAAAGCGAUAUCCAUGUCGUUUGGCUUUUUAUGGCGCUGUGCAGAGCGUCGUGGGGUCAAAUGACGAGGAGUUGAAGACGCUGUCUUUUGUACACCGCAGUGUGGUGGGCCUUGCUGACAUGCAAAUCGGUCGAGUGAAGCGUAAGGAUGGCUUCGUGGACAAAGUGAUUAAUUCCAGAAAUGGCAAUAACGAAAAUGAGCGCGAGGUUAUCGGUCGCGAUAUGUUUACAAAAGAUGUAAAGUGGAGCGUGUAUCAAAACUCAGUGGUGUUGUUCGAGCAAACACGAGCGCUGGGGACUAUUCUCGGGCCUUUUGGCAAGGCGGGUAAGUUCCGCAUAGCCUUGUUACAUAAUGAAGCUUCGUGUUCAAAACAGCACGUGGGUCCUGCUCGGGGGGAAAAGUUUGUUCUGCGCUUUCUCAAGCUGAUCACUCUGAAGCCACCGAAGCUCAAAGGAAAGUCGACCACGCAACGUAUUCUUACAAAGAGCACGUGGCGAUCUACUGCCAAGACUAGCGCGCCCUCCUUUAUCCAGGAAAUCCUUUUGCUAUACCCGGAAGCAUUCAAGGCUGAACAAUUAACGUCAUCUAUUGAGGCCGUGACACCGGACCUUGUUAGUCGCACUAUCACCGAUGCGUCUACUCGACAAGUCGAUGAAGGAAAUAGAAACACUGAGCUGUCUGUUGUUGCUCGUAGCGGAAGAAUUGAACGAUUGAAGGGCGAGACGACUGCGGAAGGAAGAAAUCCAUUUGCAAUUGUUUCAGGGUUAUUCAGCACCGAGCAGGAAGCAAAAGAUGCUGUCGGAUUCCGAGUGCGAUGUGUUAAUGGUGACCAAGAUAAUUUAAGUGAAGGCAAGAUUGAAAAACCUUUCGGCAAGGCUGGUAAGGUCCGCGUAGACUUUCAAGAAUGUGGAGGCACAAAAGGCCAAGUUGGGGAUGCAAUCGAGUUGUGCUGA